AUGGCGUCCAAAAUUAUUGUUCUUGGCAGCGUGAACUGCCAAUUGCGUGCAGCAUUCACCAAAUUGGCCAAGCUGCAGGUCAAGCAAAACUUCGCAUUCGCAAUUUUAGUCGGCAAUGUCUUUGGCGACUGCUCAACAGAAAGCGAAUUGGACGAAAUCAGCGCGCUACUAUCAGGAACGACCAGUGUCCCGCUCCCGACCUACUUCACUCUCGGCGACAAACCACUUCCAACGAGGAUCGCGGAAAAGAUCGAAGCGAAUGAUGAAGUCUGCCCUAACCUCUACUUCCUGGGGAAGCGCGGGACUCUAAAGACCUCAGAAGGCAUUCGCAUCAGUGCGCUAGGAGGAAAAUUGCAUACCGACGCAGCCUCACAAUCAAAACCAGAGACCAACGCCGCAGGCAAAUUCCAACCCACGUACACCGAGACAGAUGCACGCGCUCUUUUUGGAACGCAUAGCGCCGACAUCCUCAUCACCAAUCAAUGGCCCAAGGGCAUUCGGACCGGAUCAAAGGUCGUCAUCCCAGAAGAUCAGGCCAAAAACCUCACCGAAGUCCCAUGUCUAUCCGAUGUUGCCGCUACCCUGAAACCCCGCUACCACUUUUCCUCCUCCGAUGAAGUCUUCUACGAACGAGAACCGUACUUCCACCUCCCAACAGAAGACAGCCCAGACGUCAAGCCAUUGACCCGCUUCAUCUCAAUGGCCCCAUUCGGCUCUAAGCAAAAAUCAAUGUACGCCUUCACACUCGAUCUAGCCGCCGCACCACCCCUCACAAUCCCCGCCGGCGCAACCGCCUCACCCUUCCGACCCCCACAAACAAAACGAAAGGGUCUCCCCGCCCAACGCGAAUCAUUCAAGCGCUUCGCCACAGACGACGAUUACCACAACAAUAGCAACCGCCCGCAAAAACGCCACCAACGCGCCCCUCCCCCAGGCCCAGAUCAAUGUUUCUUCUGCCUCUCCAACCCCAAUAUCGCAGCCCACCUAAUCACAUCAAUCGGCAACGAAAGCUACCUCACAACGGCAAAGGGACCCCUUCCCCCCAACGACUUAUUCACUGACCUCGGGUUUCCGGGCCAUAUGCUGAUAAUCCCAUUUUCGCACACGCCAACACUAAACUCGAUUUCGGACCCCGAGUCGCGUGCGGGGACGAAUGCGGAAAUGCAGCGCUACCGCGCUGCUUUGCAUCAGAUGCUUUCUGAUCGCUCGUCCGGUAAAUUGGGCGCUGUCACUUGGGAGGUUAGUCGUGGUAAUGGAAUCCAUACACACUGGCAAUUCCUCCCCGUGCCGGUUGAUCUUAUCGAUCAGGGACUGGUGGAGGCUGCUUUUAAGGUUGAGGCGGAGAAUCUGAACUAUCCCCGUUUCGAGACCAGGGCCGAUGGCUUAGAUAGUAGUGCUGAGCCGGUUGGAGGAGUUCGGAGAAGGCUGCUGAGGGGGGAGGGGGAGGGGGAGGAAGAAUCUUCUACAAAGACCGAUUCUGCUGGAAAAGAGAAAACCCUCAUGUUGGAACUCAAUCCGGAUUUCAGAUUCGAUAUCCAAUUCGGUCGUCGCGUUAUGGCCAAAUUACUUGAAUUGGAUAAGCGGAUGAACUGGAAGGAUGCGACGCAGUCGCAGCCUGAGGAGGAGGCAGAUGCUGAGGCUUUUAAGGAGGCUUUCAAGAAGUAUGAUUUCACAAUGGAGUGA